GUCACUAGCACUAAUCAAGAAAAAGUAAUCACUUUUAGUUGUCAAACGUCAUAGUUAAUAUUAUAUAUUUUUGUUGAAAAUUUAGAAGACACUGCCUAUCGUUAAGUGUAUAAGUAUUUCGAAAUUGAUUUAAAACAUUUUAUUGAAUAGUAAUCACAAAAAAUAACGUAUCCUAAUAUUAUUGUAUUCGAUAAACAAGUUUUGACACGGUAAAUAGCGAACGUCAUAAGUAAUAAUUUUAAGUCAGUAAUUAGAUUACAGAUUCAAAAUGGAAUCGUCAUACCAGGGAGGUGUAGCGUUCGAAGAUAACGAUAAUUUUCAGCGGCUUUCGCAAACAAUAGCAAGCAAUAUUAAAAAGAUAUCGCAAAAUGUUUCAUCAAUGUCCAAGAUGGUCAACCAGCUGCAGACUCCGCAGGACUCCCAGGAGCUUAGAAACCAAUUGCGCCAAAUACAAAAUUACACUCAGAAGUUGGCAAAAGAUACUUCUUCCAUGAUAAUGGAGCUAAUGAAGCUGAGAUCUGAUAUACCGGCAAACAUGCUCACUCGGGAUCGCCUCAGUGAUGAGUACAUGACCACACUGAAUGCAUUCCAGACGACUCAGCGGGCGGCGGCGCAGAAGACGAAAGACGAUGUGCGGAAAGUGAAGGCGCAGACCAUCAACAUCGGCGACCCCUUCGCUAUGGGCGGAGGAGUCAAGGAUGGCGAUCAGGGCGAGACCAUUCGCAAGCAGGAGCAGAUGUCGAUGCAGUCGCAGCGCGAGCUGCAGCAGCUGGAGGAGCGCGAGCGAGACAUACGACAGCUGGAGAACGACAUAAUGGACGUGAACCAGAUCUUCAAGGAGCUCGGCACGAUGAUCCACGAGCAAGGGGCGGUGGUGGAGUCCAUCGAGUCCAGUGUCGAGUGCGCGUCGCACAACGUCGAGGCGGCCGCGCACGAGUUGUCCCAUGCCGCUAAUUACAAGAACAAGCUGAGGAAGAAGAAAGUGUACCUGACGCUCAUCCUCAUCAUCAUCAUAUCGAUAAUAUUAAUCAUCAUCUUCCACAACUGAACCGAACGACGCCUCUCGGGACCUCGCGCUCGACACUACACCGACCCCCCUCCCGUCACGUACCGGCGCACCGCCCGCACGCGGCCGCGUGUUGUCUGGGGCGUCUAUGUUAUGCGUUGAUUACUAAACUAACAUAAUUAGUUAAAUUGUUAUUACUCACACGAGUGAAUGUUUAAGCAUUAAAGCGUAAGAUUUAUCUAUAUAAAUGAGUUACUGAGUUUCUGUGUCUGUAUAUACAUCUAUCAUAAUAUAUAUAUU